AUGAAGGAGCGAUUCUACCAUGAAUACGUACCCGAACUACUAGACGGCCUACAAGAUCUCAACGAAACCCGAGUCGCCAAACUGAACACGCUAUGGUCGCACGCGGCCCAGCUAGAGAAGAACUCCCUAUCCAACAGUGUCAAUCACAUGGCCAACCUUAUCAACGAAAUCCCCCGCAACCAGCCGCAUCUCGAUUCCCUCAUGUUCCUGCGGCACAAUGUCACGCAGUCGCAGGAGCCGCCCAACCUCGGCUUCGAACCCAGCCCGAUCUGGCACGACGACGAGGCGCUCAUCACGGACGAUUCCGCCAAGGUGUUCUUGCGCAACGUGCUCAGCAACAGCAAAACACAGGUGCGCGAGCUGCGAGUAGAGUCGGAUCAGAAACGUCGAACGGUCCAAGACGCUAAGCGGAUACGGGUCAACAUCCAGCAAGGCAAGGAUAACCGGAACGAGGUGGAAGUGGUCCGGUCCAUCUUCUAUCUGCAGGAGGGACUCCACGAGGUCGAUCGCAAGCGGCUAACCGCCGAGGUCGAGACGUCUACCAUCAUUGCCGUCGUCGGCGACCUGUCCCUCGGGGCCAAGAACCACAAUUUCAAAUCGCAAACCUUUAAAAUCCCGACGAACUGCGACCUCUGCGGCGAGCGCAUUUGGGGGCUGUCGGCGAAGGGAUUCGACUGCCGGGACUGCGGAUACACCUGCCACAGCAAGUGCCAGAUGAAGGUGCCCGCCGAGUGUCCCGGUGAGCAGAGCAAGGAGGAGAAGAAGAAACUGAAGGCUGAGCGGCAAGAACAGGCCGGGUCGACGCCGACGCUGGAUCUGGAGCCCUCGUCCAGCCCGUCGGCAGCGCCGUCACUCACGCGCAAGGACACGAUGAACUCGUUGAGCUCGGGCUACGCCGUCAGUGCCAAUCGAUCGCUGUCAAAUGCGGCCAGUCUUCCUCCGCCGUCAGAACUGGCGGCGCCCGCGUCUCCAGCGCCGACGGAGCUUCCCUCUCCGGCAUCUCCAGCGCCCGCCCCGGUGCAGGAUACCAAGCCGCCUGUCAAACGCAAUCGAGUACUGGCACCCCCUCCGGCACAGUACGUUACCGCCCCGCCAGUGGAACCAACGCCUAAGGCGGGUGAGCAACGUGGGAAGAUGCUAUACCCGUACCAAGCAGGAGGGGCCGACGAGGUGACGGUGAAUGAGGGUGACGAGGUAGUGAUAGUCGAACCAGACGAUGGAGGAUGGAUGCGUGUCCGCGCUGGAGCCUCUGAAGGUCUCGUCCCAACAUCCUACGUAGAAGCAGCUCCUGCACCAUCGCCCGCCUCCGCCAGCCCCGGCUUCACAGACCGGCCGGGAUCCGUAUACUCGAACUCGUCAGCAUCAUUGGCUGGCAGCGCCGGCGCAGCGGGAGGAAAGCGUGUGGGACCGGCGGUGGCGCCUCGACGGGGGGCCAAGAAGGUGCAGUACGUGGAAGCGCUGUACGACUACGAGGCACGCAGCGACAUGGAGUGGAACAUGGUGGAGGGCGACCGAUUCGUGCUGGUCAACCGAGACGGCGGCGACGGAUGGGCCGAUGUCGAACGAGGCGGCGUGACGAAGAGUGUGCCUGCCAACUACAUUCAGGAGGUGUAA